AUUACUGAAGACACCUCAUCGCGUUUGAAGCGGGUCCUUCCGGAAUCACGUGGUUUUCUUGACGUGUUGGACGUCGUCACGCUGUGUCUUUAGCGCCGGGAGCCGUGUAGCUUUACUCACGUAGCUGUAACGUUCACACAGGAUCAAAAUGAACAGCUUUAAUUUUGGGACGAGUUCAUCUGGUGGUUUCUCAUUCAACACUCCAAAAACUACUGCAUCAACAGCACCUACUGGCUUUACGUUUGGUGGUGGUGGUGGUGCUACUUCAGUUGCUCCAUCUGCAGGCUUUACAUUUGGCACGCCAACACAGACGCCUGCUUCUACAACAGCUCAGCCAAGUCAGCCCAGUGGACUCUUUUCUUUCUCCACACCAGUUUCUUCAGCUGCUCCAACAUCUGGAUUUUCUUUUGGUGCACAACAAACGUCUACUACUACUACUUCAGGCUUGGUGAUAGGGAACACUGUACCUAAGUUGGGACUAGGCGGAGCGACACAGCCAUCUUCUGGGACUGGCCUCAGUGGAACAACUCAGACACCUGGCUUCACUUUUAGUACUGCAGUUGCUCAGCCCAUCAAUGCACCUGCUAGUACUGGUGGUGGUGGCGGCUUCAAUUUUACAGGUGCUGUGACAGCAUCUGUACCCCCUACUACAGCAACAAUACCGGCAACCACUCAGGCAGCAAGUAAUACAGUGCAGACACCAGCUUUUUGUAUGGGAACAUCACUUUCUGCAAACAUUAUGACUACUGCCAGUUCAUCAGCACAGCCUACUGCACCUCAGCAGACUUCAAACCUAUUUGGAAAGCCAUCUGAACCUGCACAAGUUUUAGGGUCAGCAACAUCAUCUGCACCAAGCACUCUGGGUCUUGGCUCCAGCCUUACAACGUCUGCAGCGUCUCUUUUCUCAAUAACAGCGACAGCCUCCACUCCAGCCACAUUGACUAGUAAGCCACAGACCACUGGAGCAAUUCAGAGUAUUACAUCUGGAUCAGUACCUGUAAGUACUCCUGCAGUUAUGACCUAUGCUCAACUGGAGACCCUUAUUAACAAAUGGAGUUUGGAGCUUGAGGAUCAAGAAAAACAUUUUAUACAACAGGCUACACAAGUCAAUGCCUGGGACCGAACACUUAUCCACAAUGGGGAAAGGAUCACCACAUUACAUAGAGAAAUGGAAAGGGUAAAACUGGAUCAGAAGAGGUUGGAUCAAGAAUUGGACUUUAUACUUUCUCAGCAGAAAGAGUUAGAGGACCUUUUAACACCACUGGAAGAAUCAGUCAAGGAACAGAGUGGAACAAUAUAUUUGCAACAUGCAGAUGAGGAGAGAGAAAAGACAUACAAGCUAGCAGAGAACAUUGACGCUCAACUGAAACGUAUGGCUCAGGAUUUAAAGGAUGUUAUUGAACAUCUCAACACAACUGCAGGUCCUGGAGAUGCCAGUAAUCCACUCCAGCAAAUCUGUAAAAUUUUGAAUGCUCAUGUGGAUUCAUUACAGUGGAUUGACCAGAAUUCAGCUCUUCUUCAAAGGAAAGUGGAGCAAGUGGCAAAAGAAUGUGAGAGUCGAAGGAAGGAACAAGAGAGAGGAUUCUCCAUUACAUUUGACUAAGCCAAAUGUAGCACACGUGUGGUAUAUGUGCUUGCUUACAUUUCCGCUUUACUUAAAUAAAGUAUUUUUUUUUUUCUACAUAAUGCUGAUUGUGUUGUUUGGUUUCUCUUUGUUAAAAUAGCUAAUGCAAGACUUAUUUUCUUGUAUUUUCCACUUUUUGGCACAGUGCAGCCAUAUUGUAUUUGUAUCUAAUUCUUUAUUAUGGGAUGUUCACACACUAUAUAUGCAGCCGAUUUUAUGCUGUGUUAA